AUGGAUCGUAGUUGGAUGAAUGCUAAUCGUUUAAGUGAAGUGUAUCAGAAAGGUGUGGAAGAAUUUUUAGAAUUUGCUUUAAAAAAACUUCCCAAAAAUGAAGGAAAGUUUUAUUGUCCUUGUGUUAAAUGUUUAAAUGGAAAUCGGUUACAAUUUGAAGAAAUAAGAAAUCAUCUUAUUUGUUAUGGAAUAUGCCAAACUUAUACAAAAUGGAUAUGGCAUGGUGAUUCGUUAAACAUGACAAAUGUAUCAGAAAGAGAAGAAGUUCGUGAAGAUAUGGACAAUCGGCUUGAGGACAUGAUUCUUGUUAUUGGACAAGAGGAUUUUCAGCGUGCACAUGUUUUUGAUAGUUUGUGCAACGACAAAGAAGAGGCUUUGUAUCCGGGAUGCACUAACUUCCCACGAUUGUCUGCAGUGCUGAGAUUGUUCAACUUGAAAGCGAGAAAUGGAUGGACAGACAAAAGCUUCACGGAACUGCUUGAGUUGUUGAAAGAAAUGCUUCCUGAAGAUAACACAUUUCCAAACCGUUAUUAUGAUGCAAAGAAGAUAUUGUGUCCAGUGGGUAUGGAGUAUAAGAAAAUACAUGCAUGCCCUAAUGAUUGCAUACUAUACCGAAAUGAGUUUGAAGAGUUGAACCAAUGUCCCGUGUGUGGGUUAUCACGCUAUAAAGUGAAGAAUGGUGAUUCCAAUUGCGAUGAAAGCGCAACAGGUCCUCCUGCAAAGGUGUUAUGGUAUCUUCCAAUAAUCCCAAGGUUCAAACGAUUAUUCGUUAAUGUGAAUGAUGCAAAGAAUAUUAGAUGGCAUGCUGAUGAGAGACAAUGUGAUGGACAACUUCGUCAUCCAGCUGAUUCAUUACAAUGGAAGAAAGUUGAUGAAUUGUAUCCUGAAUUCAGGAAUGAGCCAAGAAAUCUUAGACUUGGACUUGCCACAGAUGGAACGAACCCAUACGGUAACUUAAGUAGUAACCAUAGUUCAUGGCCCGUUCUCUUAAUUAUCUACAAUCUACCUCCUUCAAUUUGCAUGAAGCGCAAAUACAUUAUGUUAUCUAUGAUGAUUUCGGGUCCAAGGCAACCUGGAAAUGACAUAGAUGUUUAUCUAAGUCCAUUGAUCGAAGACUUGAGAAUUCUUUGGGAGGAAGGAGUUGAAGUGUUUGAUGGUUAUUCUUGUGAUUAUUUUAAAAUGCAUGCAAUGUUAUUUUGCACCAUCAAUGAUUUUCCUGCGUAUGGAAACUUGAGUGGUUAUAGUGUUAAGGGACAUAAAGCGUGUCCUAUAUGUGAAGAAGACACAUGCUACCUCCAAUUAAAACAUGGAAGGAAGACUGUUUACGUUGGACAUCGAAGAUUUCUUAAACGUAAUCACCCAUAUCGUAGGUUGAGAAAAACGUUUAAUGGAGAUCAGGAGAAUCGAAUUGCUCCAAAAGCAUUAACUAGAUUUAUCAAAACUUGA